AUGGAGGCUCUCUACAGAGUGCAAUCCAAUUUAAUUAACAAUAUCGAAAAAGCUCAAGUGAACUUUAAAAAGAGUCCAAAAACUAGAUUAACAGAAACAUACGUAGAAGCUCGUAAUUCUAAAAUUGACGAAGUUCAAAAAUUACAUUACCUAAAGACGCACAUAUCAGGGGAGGCAGAGCAGUUGCUAAGACACAUACCUGUAACAUCACAAAAUUACCAAAUGUGUUGGGACCAAUUAGAUAGGAGGUACAACAAUAAAAGAUACUUGGCAGAUGGUAUACUGAAAAGGUUCAUGAGCCAAAGAAAUGUAACAACUGAGUCUGCAUCAUCAUUAAAGGAGCUUUUAGAUACAAGUAAUGAAUGUUUGUGUGCUUUAGAUAAUUUAGGUAUUAAUACAGAGCAUUGGAAUGUUAUUGUAAUUUAUAUUCUUUGUUUAAAGUUAGACACUGAAUCUAGAAAACUAUGGGAGGUUAGAUUAAGUGAUUCAUCGGAGGACAUUCCUACGUUUAAAAAUUUUAAGGAAUUCCUAGAACAAAGAUUUCGCUCUUUGGAGUUCUUGGAGAAUAAAAAUUCUAAAGGCUCAAGGAGUCAUACUGUCAAAAAUUUGCAUGUAGUGAAUAAUAAAAUUCAAUCUUGUGGUUUUUGUCAAGAUAAUCAUAAAUUGGCUAAUUGUAAAAAAUUUGCACAAGAAUCUGUUGAGUCACGGCGUGAAUUUGUUAAAAAUCAACGUUUAUGUUUUGGAUGCCUCCAUAGUAACCACUCUGUUUUCGCUUGCCGUCUGCCUAUUAAGUGUAAAAUUUGUAAUAAGCGACAUCAUUCAUUGCUGCAUCCUACGGGUGCAGAGACACGAGAAGGUCAUUUGAAAUCACAAGCACUGGCACAAAGUAGUAGUACCGUAGAACCAAAGGAAGUUAAGUUGAGCAAUAUUGUAACUUGUUUCUCAAAUAUUCAUUGUCAAGUGUUAUUGGCAACGGCCUUAGUUAAGGUCCAGGUGAGAAACAAUUAUAGUAUUAUUGUAAGAGCAUUAUUAGAUCAAGGAUCUCAAGCAUCCUUUAUCACAGAGGCAACCGUGCAGCUUCUGAAGUUGAAUAAAAUAUAUACUGAAAGUAAUGUGAUAGGACUCGGUGGUGAUCAGCAAGGGUCAGUAGUAUCUAAGGCUGUAGUUUUAUUGAAGUUACAAUCACUCCAAGAUCCUUCAUAUAACAUAACUGUUAAGGCACAUGUAUUAAAAAGACUAACUUCUUUCCUUCCUGAAAAACAGGUGGUAUUGCAAGCAUGGGAAGAGUUGUCAAAGUUAAAACUAGCGGAUCCAUUAUUUCAUACACCUAAUAAGAUUGAUAUUUUGUUAGGUGCGGAUGUCUAUGGACAAGUGUUAAUCAAUGGAAUAUUAAAGGGUCCGCCAGGCUAUCCAAUGGCCCAAAAUACAACAUUGGGGUGGAUAGUCUCCGGCCAGGUUGGGAACAGCAAUAUAAGCAGUUCACAGACAUGUUGCACUUCAAUUAUCAGUAUGCACACUGAAAUAUCUGAAAGGGAUUUAUUGCAGAAGUUUUGGGAAAUAGAAGCUGAACCAAAAGAAAACAAAAAAAGGUUGUUAACUGAAGAAGAAAUAAAAUGUGAAGAAAUGUUUAAAAAUACAACUAAAAGAGAUGAAAAUGGAAGAUACAUUGUGAAGUUACCCUUUAAGUCCAGCAACCCACCAUGCAAGUAUGGUAACAGUAAAGAAAUUGCUUUAAAAAGAUUUGACAUGCUGGAAAAAAGAUUGUCAAAAAAUAAAAAAUUGCAAAAGGAGUAUAGCAAUGUAAUACAAGAUUAUCUAGAUUUAGGUCAUCUAGAAGUUGUACCUAAUAAUGAAGAGGAUGAACCUGAAGCAGUUUAUCUUCCACACCACUGUGUGAUUCGGGAAGAGAAGGAUACAACUAAAGUACGGGUUGUCUAUGACGCCUCAUGUAGGGAUAAAAAUGGGGAAUCAUUAAACAGCAAUUUGAUGAUUGGACCUACCCUGCAAGAUGACUUGCGUACCUUGAUCAUGCGCUGGCGUGGUAACCCAAUAUGCCUUGUUGCCGACAUAGAGAAAAUGUAUAGGCAAGUAAAAGUGAGCAAGGAAGAUGUAAAUUUCCAACGUAUUUGGUGGAGAGAUAUAACCAAUCCAGAAUCUGUAAUAAAAAGUUAUAGAUUACUCACGGUCACCUUUGGAACUGCGUCAGCUCCAUAUUUAGCUGUUAGAACACUGCAGCAACUUGCACGUGAUGAAGGAAGCAAUUUCCCAGCAGCAUCUGAAAUAAUCUUACAAGAUUUUUAUAUGGAUGAUUUGCUGAGUGGCUGCCAAAAUAUUGAAGAAGGAAAACAACUUCACCAAGAAAUAAAAGAAAUUUUAAGGAAGGGAGGCUUCAUAUUAAAAAAGUGGUCCAGCAAUAAUGAUGAGUUGCUAAAGGGAAUGCGAGAAAAAGGAAUCGAGGAACUGGAAAUUAAAACUGACAGUAUAUUUAAAAUUUUGGGACUUACCUGGGACCGAAUCUCAGAUAGUUUCCAAUAUAGUGUGCAGCUUCCUGAAUCUUCUGGACCUGUAACAAAAAGAAAGGUUAUAUCAGAAAUUUCAAGACUCUUCGACCCACUCGGUUGGUUAGCCCCAUCAAUAAUCAUUGCAAAAAUACUUAUUCAGAAAAUAUGGCUAAGUGGUAUCGAGUGGGACCAAGAGCUCACACCUUGUCUAUUAAAAGAAUGGAAUAGUUAUAGAAACGAACUUACUGAAUUUAUGAAAUUUAUAAUUCCAAGAUGGAUACAUACCAGUAAGGGUGACACAUGUGUGCAGUUGCAUGGUUUUAGUGACGCUUCCAACAAAGCAUAUUCAGCUGUAAUAUAUGUUCGAGUUAUUGAUGAACAUAAAAAUGUGCAUGUUGCUUUAGUAACCUCUAAAACUAAAGUUGCUCCAAUAAAGCAAGUGUCAAUUCCCAGACUAGAGCUCUGUGGAGCCGUUCUCUUGGCUAAACUGUUGAAGGAGGUAUCAGAGGUUUUAAAUACACCAAGGGAAAAUAUAAAGGCAUGGACUGACUCAACGGUAGUACUUGCCUGGUUGAGCAGUCAUCCUGGAAGGUGGAAAACAUUUAUAGCAAAUCGAGUGUCAGAAAUUAUUACUCAUUUUGAUAGAUCCUGUUGGGGACAUGUACAAUCGAAAGAUAAUCCAGCAGAUUGUGCAUCUCGAGGAGUUAAACCCUCUGAAUUAAAGGAUCUAAGAUUGUGGAAAGAAGGACCUAUGUGGUUACAAAAUAAAGAGAUUCUGUUGGAUAACAAUAAGUCCUAUGAAACAACCAUUGAAGAAAAGGCAAAACCGGUUCAUCAUGCAGUUGUUAGAGAUCAUGAGAAUAUGUUGUUGAGAUUUGGAACACUAAGAAGACUUGUAAGAGUAAUUGCCUUAUGUAGGAGAUGGCUACCUCAAAAACAAAUCCAAAAAACCAAAUGGUUGAGAGCAGAAGAAAUAAAUGAGGCACUCUUAAUCUGCAUUCGACAGAUGCAAGUUCAAUAUUUUGGAAAGGAGAUAGAAGAUUUAAAAAAGGAAGGCAAAAUUAAUAGAAAAAGUAAACUUACCUCUCUUACUCCGUAUCUGGACAAUUCAGGAAUCUUGAAAGUUGGGGGUCGAUUGGAAAAUGCUGAAAUAGAGGAAUACCAAAAGCAUCCAAUAAUAUUUCCUGCUAAAGCACAUCUUACUGAUCUUAUAAUUGCAGAUGCACAUGAUAAAACGCUGCAUGGAGGUAUGCAAGUAAUGGUAAACUACUUAAGAUUAAAAUACUGGAUCCUGGAUGUAAAAAAUCGGGUGAAGUUUUAUAUAAGAAAAUGUGUUCAGUGUGUACGAUAUGCAGCUCAAAAACGAGAACAACUCAUGGGGCAAUUGCCCAAGGCCAGAGUAACAGUAAAUAGACCCUUCUAUGAAAGUGGUUUGGAUUAUGCAGGGCCUGUAUACCUCAGAACAUCUAAGGGUAGAGGUCAUAAAUCAUAUAAGGGGUACAUUUGUUUGUUUAUUUGUAUGGCAACCCGAGCAAUUCAUUUGGAAGCAGUAACCGAUUUGACCAGUCAAGGAUUUUUGGCAGCUUAUAAGCGUUUUGUGGGACGCCGUGGAAUUUGUAAAACCUUGUACAGUGAUAAUGCCUCAAAUUUUGUUGGUGCUUCCAAAGAGUUGAAGAAUUUGUUAGCAGAAGAAAAAUCAACUGUGGCAAUUGAAAUUGCAGAUUGGUUAUCAACCAAUGGAACAAGUUGGCAGUUUAUUCCACCCCAUGCACCCAAUUUUGGAGGAUUGUGGGAAGCCGGCAUUAAAUCUACAAAAAAUCACUUGAAACGAACAAUUGGGAAUGCUACACUUACCUAUGAAGAGAUGGUAACAGUCCUGGCACAGGUAGAAGCAUGUCUAAAUUCAAGACCUAUAUCUCAGUUAAGCGAUGACCCAAAAAACCCCUUUCCACUUACCCCAGGUCAUUUUUUGAUAGGAGAACCUUUAAUCCUUGCUCCUGACACUAAUUAUGAAAAUUCUAACGUCACUAGCCUUAAACGGUGGCAAUUUACUCAGCGUUUGGUACAGCAUUUUUGGCGUAGAUGGUCACAAGAAUAUCUCACUCAAUUUAUGCAUCGAUACAAAUGGUCAAAGGUCACACCUGAACCAAAUAUAGGUGAUGUAGUGCUUGUGAUGGAAAAUGAUCUUCCACCAUCUAGAUGGUUGUAUGGUAGAAUCUUGGAGAAGCAUCCGGGACAAGACAACUUGACCCGUGUAGUGACUCUUAAGUGCAAGGAUUCUGUAUUUAAAAGACCCGUGUCAAAACUUUGUAUUUUGCCAGUCACAGUUUAA